AUGCCAAAGCGCAAGUCACAUCAGAAUGUCUUGGAAAGCGAUUCCGACUCAGAUGUUAAGGUGGUGGAUGUGGACUUUGACUUCUGUGAUUUCAAACCAGAAACCGAUUACAUAUCGAUAAAGCGUCUGCUUCAACAACUAUUCCAUACAGAUGCAACGCUUUUUGAUCUCGGAGCGAUUGCGGAUGUUGUCCUCUCUCAGGAUGAUGUAGGCAGCACUGUGAAGACCGACGGUGCUGACAGCGAUCCUCUCGCCUUUUUAGGCGUCCUCAACCUUCAUACCGAUGGUGUAAUGCCACCGUCAUAUAAAAUGUUACUGGAGGAGAUGGAGAUGGCUAUUGACGAUGUGGGUAAAAAGAUCCUUGGUGAAGAGGUACCCGAUGCACCAAGCUCCAAGAAGCGCAAGGUGAUCGAAACAUCAGUAAACCAUUCGCUCUCGAAAACAUACAACUUGCACCCUGAAGACGAGUGCAUUCAACCCUCUAAUACUCCUACCAAGGAGGCCAUAUUUUCCCUGGACUUUGAUUUUUCACACCAAUAUCCUCGAGAGAAGGACUCUUUUGGUCAUGAUCUAGGAGGAAGGAUUAUGCUUGUUUCUAAAGAUCGACUCCCCCGAAUUGUUCAAAACAUGCAGGCCGC